CCUUGAAGUCAUGCCCAAUCACUUCUUUAUGUUACCUCUAAGAACUAUUUUAAAAAAAAUAAUUGCACCUAAGCUAUGUAGCUGAGCUUCCGGUGUUAGUAUCACGCAAGAUACCUAUACAUCACGUAGCCGUACUAUCCAACUAACCUUAUCAUUCAAUGGCUUCAACACACGUUAUGAGUCUUUCAGCCGCACAACCGAUACUUUAAAGGCUGUUUGCGCUUCCUUAGUGACCACCAUCAUCAACAAUUUCUCAGAUUUAGAGAUAGACCUUAUACGAGAGCUAUACGAUCGAGUCGAGAUACUAACAUCGCCUAUGAACGCUCAGAAAUCAUUGACGGCGGUUUUGAGGACUCCUAUAUCUACUUCGCAUACACCGCAUACACCUCAUAUAUAUCAUACACCGCAGCCACCGCAACCACCGUUUUCUACGCAAUUAGACCCGCCUGAUACAACUACCAAGGUGCACACAAGCCUGCAAGGUCGGCUUUGGAAUGAAGUCUAUGAUUGUCUUAAGGCCGAGCAGCCGAAGUUGGUGGACGCAUACGAGACACUUCUAUCGCGCGAACUUAUCGAAGAUUUAAGCUCAACAGAUGAAGCGGUUCAAAAUAAUGAUAUUGAUCAGACGAACUCGGAGAGGAGACGGUCUCAAAUGCACCGGCUCGUCCAAGCGGGAUUAGAGAAGACAGGCACGGAGGCUACAGUAAAGCAAAAUAUCCAGGGGACAAUGAAUUACAUUUCCCCCGUCAAGGAAUUCAUUGACAUAGCUGUUAAGUCGGUUCCGGAAGCUGCUAUUGCGUGGACUGUCUCAGGAUUCUAGAUGUCUCAUCUAGAAUCCUGACAAUGAGGAAGCUAAUCGGAAUAGGAAAAUUCAUCUAAUCGUGGAUUACUAGAUCGUGCCCAUGAUUCCCGUAGAUUUAUCCUUC